AUGGUACGGAAGAGAGACUCGAUAAAGAAUAAAGUGAAGGAAGUUUUUAGCCCGUCUCCAACGCAAGAGCCAGUGGAGCACGCUGUAGACGACUCGCUCGAAGAUGACUUAUUUGCACAGCUCGAUGCGAAGGAAGCUGAGCAGACAUCGAAUACGCCUUCUAAGACGCCUUCUCAGACGCACUCGAUGAGGGAAGUUGAGGCUGAGGCUGAGGCUGAGCAGAAGAAGUCCCGCAAAGCCAGACGUGAAGAGAAGCGUCUACUUGAAGAGGAAUCUAUUAGGCAGGCUGCUUUCGCAGAAGCUAACCUCCCUGAGAAUGAGAAAUUGGCUAAGGAAGCUACCGAGGAGGAGAAAAUUAUCAUCGAUAUCUGCAACAAACACGCUCGGAAGAUGCACGAAAUCUCACCAGAUGGUCACUGUCUCUAUGCCGCUAUCGCUGAUCAGGUCACCUGCGAUAGUUUGCUCGAGUAUUCUCCGCAGUUUCAGGCUACUUACCAGGAUAUGAGGAGUACAGCCGCAAAUUACCUCAGAGAACACGCAGAUGACUUUAUGCCUUUCCUUACAACUGCUAAUCUUACACCCGCUGAUGGAGCUGACUCAGAUGGUCAUGAGGCUGAAGGUACACCGAUGGAUAUUGCGCAGUUUAACAAGUAUUGCGAGAUUGUAGAGAAUACCGGUGAAUGGGGUGGUCAUAUUGAGCUACUCGCUAUCAGUAGAGCUAUCAACAAACCUAUACACGUCGUACAGCGGUCACAUCACAAUGUCAUCCUCAUCGGUGGUCGUGAGGGUGAAUUCGAGCACAAUCCAGAAGGCGUAGAUGGUAUUUGGCUGAGUUUCCACACGCGUAUGUAUGGAUUAGGAGAGCAUUACAACUCGUUGAGAAGGAAAGAAGACACAACGUCUUAG